AGCGCCUUCCCCUCAUCAGCAUUCUCCUCGCGGGCCCCCCAGCCCCGACCAAUACGGGUUCCCCCUCCCCGGACUCCCCUCCCUCCUCUCUCUCUGCCUGCCUCCCUCCCUUCCUCUCGCCUGCCCUCCUCCCUCCCUCCCUCAUCUCUCUCCCCCCCGCCCCCCUGCGCUCCAGGACCCAGCGCGGGCGGCGGGCGGGCAGGCAGGCGGCGGCCUCGGAGGGGAGAAGGAGAGGUGGCGGCAGCGGGCGGCGGCGGCGGCGGCGGCGGCGGCUAGCAGCAGGGAGGCAGGCUCAGCUGGGGACCCGGAGCCGGCGGCUGCUCCUCGCAGGGGACCAGGAGUCCGUGGCCAGGCCCUCCCUCCGAGGCCCUGCGCCGGGCGCCCCCGGGACACUCCACCCUCCUCCGCCUUCCUCUUCCACCUGCUCUUCUCCAUCCUUCCCUCCCUCCUCCUGCCCUCCUCCCCAUCUCACCACCUCGCCUGCCGCCUUCUCGGCCUCUCCGGGUCUCCCAGCACCCCAUCCUCCCAGCCCCUCCACUCCUCGGCCUUUCCCCGCCCCCAGCAUGCUUUUCCCGUGGGGGCUGAGGGCUUGAGGACUCCAGGCCCUUGCCUCAGCCAGGGCAGGGCCCAGGCUCCAGGGGGGAGGGGGGAAGGGGUGGCCCCCUCCCCCCCACCAAGCCCUCCCCUCCCCUCCCCCACUUCCCCUGAUGGCCGGCUUUCUGGUCUCCACCCAGUCCUCGCCCCCCGUGGCCCCCCCAGGCCGGCCCGGCUAGGGGAGGGGGCGGGGCCCUUUCCUGGGCCGGCUUCCCCCUCCCCCGGCUUGGCCUUGGCCCCCUCCCUUCGUUUUCACCUUCUUCUCCUCCUUUCCUCCCUCUUUCCCCUCCAUUUGCUCCUUCCCCUCUCCUCUCUCCCCUUCUCUCCUCCAUUUUCUCCUUUCCCCUUUCUCCCCUCCUCGGCCCGCCCUCUCCUCUACCACCUGUCCUUCCUCCCUGUUCUUGGGGAGCCCCGUUUUGGAUUAGUUGGGGACCACCGCGGGAGGCGGGGGAGGGGGCCCUGUGGACUGCCCUCUCCCCCCGCCCCAGCCAUACCACCACCCAGCACCAGCGCAUCUUCCUGCGGUCGGUCCUCGCCCUCCGUCCCACCAGGAUCCACCCCGGAUGUCCAGGCCUCUCUCCCCAUGGGAUUGUGGGAACCAGGGACGUCAGUAAGGUGGCAAGUGAGGCCUGGGAUGGGGUUGCCUAGCAACCACCGCAUCCUCUCCAGCCGGUUUCUGUUGCCUGGUGGCGAGUGGGGGCCGCGGCAGCUGCGUCCCCAUGAGGAGGGGAGGAAGAUGCCGGCUGAGCUGCUGCUGCUGCUGAUUGUUGCCUUUGUCAGCCCCAGCUGCCAGGUGCUCUCAUCACUGCGCAUGGCUGCAAUCCUGGACGACCAGACAGUGUGUGGCCGUGGUGAACGUCUGGCCCUGGCCCUGGCCCGGGAGCAGAUCAACGGGAUCAUCGAGGUCCCAGCCAAGGCCCGAGUGGAAGUAGACAUCUUUGAGCUGCAGCGGGACAGCCAGUACGAGACCACGGACACCAUGUGUCAGAUCCUGCCCAAGGGGGUCGUGUCUGUCCUGGGGCCCUCCUCCAGCCCUGCAUCAGCCUCCACCGUGAGCCAUAUCUGUGGGGAGAAGGAGAUCCCCCACAUCAAGGUGGGUCCCGAGGAGACACCGCGCCUGCAGUACCUUCGCUUCGCAUCCGUCAGCCUGUACCCCAGUAACGAGGACGUCAGCCUGGCAGUCUCCCGAAUCCUCAAGUCCUUCAACUAUCCCUCGGCCAGCCUCAUCUGCGCCAAGGCUGAGUGCCUGCUGCGAUUGGAGGAACUGGUGCGUGGCUUCCUCAUCUCCAAGGAGACGCUGUCAGUGAGGAUGCUGGAUGACAGCCGGGACCCCACGCCGCUGCUCAAGGAGAUCCGUGACGACAAGGUGUCCACCAUCAUCAUCGACGCCAAUGCGUCCAUCUCCCACCUCAUCCUCCGUAAGGCCUCGGAGCUGGGAAUGACCUCAGCGUUUUACAAGUACAUCCUCACCACCAUGGACUUCCCCAUCCUGCACCUGGACGGUAUCGUGGAGGACUCCUCCAACAUCCUGGGCUUCUCCAUGUUCAACACCUCGCACCCCUUCUACCCCGAGUUUGUGCGCAGCCUCAACAUGUCUUGGAGGGAGAACUGCGAAGUCAGCACUUACCCGGGCCCCGCGCUGUCGGCUGCCCUGAUGUUUGACGCCGUGCACGUGGUGGUGAGCGCCGUCCGGGAGCUGAAUCGCAGCCAGGAGAUUGGCGUGAAGCCGCUGGCCUGUACGUCAGCCAAUAUUUGGCCCCACGGGACCAGCCUCAUGAACUACUUGCGCAUGGUAGAGUAUGAUGGGCUGACUGGGCGAGUCGAGUUCAACAGCAAAGGGCAGAGGACCAACUACACCCUGCGCAUCCUAGAGAAGUCCCGGCACGGCCACCGAGAGAUUGGGGUAUGGUACUCUAACCGGACCCUGGCCAUGAAUGCCACCACCCUGGACAUCAACCUGUCGCAGACACUGGCCAACAAGACACUGGUGGUCACAACCAUCCUGGAGAACCCGUACGUCAUGCGCCGGCCCAACUUCCAGGCCCUGUCAGGGAAUGAGCGCUUUGAGGGCUUCUGUGUGGACAUGCUGCGGGAGCUGGCUGAGCUGCUGCGCUUCCGAUACCGCCUGCGGUUGGUGGAGGACGGGCUGUAUGGGGCACCCGAGCCCAAUGGCUCCUGGACGGGCAUGGUCGGCGAGCUCAUCAACCGGCAGAAGGCAGACCUGGCUGUGGCUGCAUUCACCAUCACGGCCGAGCGGGAGAAGGUCAUCGACUUCUCCAAACCCUUCAUGACCUUGGGGAUCAGCAUCCUCUACCGAGUGCACAUGGGCCGCAAGCCUGGCUACUUCUCCUUCCUGGACCCCUUCUCCCCUGCUGUGUGGCUCUUCAUGCUGCUCGCCUACCUGGCCGUCAGCUGCAUCCUGUUCCUGGCUGCCAGGCUGAGCCCCUACGAGUGGUAUAACCCACACCCAUGCCUGCGGGCGCGCCCCCACAUCCUGGAGAACCAGUACACACUGGGCAACAGCCUUUGGUUCCCCGUGGGGGGCUUCAUGCAGCAGGGCUCGGAGAUCAUGCCCCGGGCGCUGUCCACGCGCUGCGUCAGCGGAGUCUGGUGGGCCUUUACCUUGAUCAUCAUCUCCUCCUACACGGCCAACCUGGCCGCCUUCCUCACCGUGCAGCGCAUGGAGGUGCCUGUGGAGUCAGCUGACGACCUGGCAGACCAGACCAACAUUGAGUACGGCACCAUCCACGCUGGCUCCACCAUGACCUUCUUCCAGAAUUCACGGUAUCAGACGUACCAGCGUAUGUGGAACUACAUGCAGUCAAAGCAGCCCAGUGUGUUCGUCAAGAGCACAGAGGAGGGCAUCGCCCGUGUCCUCAACUCCCGCUACGCCUUCCUGCUUGAGUCCACCAUGAAUGAGUACCACCGGCGCCUCAACUGCAACCUCACCCAGAUCGGGGGCCUCCUCGACACCAAGGGCUACGGCAUCGGCAUGCCGCUGGGCUCCCCGUUCCGGGAUGAGAUCACGCUGGCCAUCCUGCAGCUUCAGGAGAACAACCGGCUGGAGAUCCUGAAGCGCAAGUGGUGGGAGGGGAGCCGGUGCCCCAAGGAGGAGGACCAUCGAGCUAAAGGUUUGGGCAUGGAGAACAUCGGCGGCAUUUUUGUCGUGCUCAUCUGUGGCCUCAUCAUUGCUGUCUUCGUGGCAGUCAUGGAAUUCAUAUGGUCCACGCGGAGGUCGGCAGAGUCUGAAGAGGUGUCGGUGUGCCAGGAGAUGCUGCAGGAGCUGCGGCACGCGGUGUCCUGCCGCAAGACGUCGCGUUCCCGCCGGCGCCGGCGCCCGGGCGGCCCGAGUCGGGCCCUGCUGUCGCUGCGCGCCGUCCGCGAGAUGCGCCUCAGCAACGGCAAGCUCUACUCGGCCGGCGCAGGCGGGGAUGCGGGCGGCGCGCACGGGGGCCCCCAGCGCCUCCUGGACGACCCGGGGCCGCCCGGCGGGGCCCGGCCUCCGGCGCCCACCCCCUGCACCCACGUGCGCGUCUGCCAGGAGUGCCGGCGCAUCCAGGCGCUGCGGGCCUCCGGGGCCGGCGCGCCCCCGCGUGGCCUGGGCGUCCCCGCCGAGGCCACCAGCCCGCCCCGGCCGCGGCCCGGCCCCUCCGGCCCCCGCGAGCUGGCCGAGCACGAGUGACCACGGGCGGGGCCGGGCGGGCGCCCGGACUGACCGCAGGGACGGGGCCCACCCCAGGUCCCGGCCGCCCCCGCUUCCCCAGCGGGCGAGGGACAGGACUUGUGCCCCGGCGCGCCGGACGCCGCGUUUUUGCUUUCGGUUCCCGGUGAAGUCCGAGGUCCGGCUCCGGAGCCUGCCUGCGGGCCCUAGUGUACUUGCCGGAGGGUGCCGCGGACGCCGCGCUCCGCUCCCGACUGCGG